AUGCGGUAUGAGGAGGUUGGUGGUAUAUGGGUAUCUUCAUUCGUCACUGAUAGGCAAUUCUGUGUAGCUGCCCUACGUUGCAGAAUCGAAAGAGCAUACUUCCCGGUUUGUGAUGUGAACUUCCCGUGGCUAAAAAUGAUCCCAUUAAAAGUGUUGGGGUUUAUUUGGAGAGCAAAACAAAGUCGAAUACCCUCGGCAGCGGCGCUUAAAAAUAGAGGUGUGGCAAUGGAAUCAGAUAUUUGUAGUGUAUGUAAUACGACUGAAGAAACUGGAGACCAUAUCCUUGUAAUAUGCACAUUGGCCAGGAACGUAUUGCGGUUGAUUUUUCACUGGUGUGGAUUACUGGGGAUGGAAUUUCAUUCGGUAUCGGACAUCAUUGAUUAUGCAUUGAGAUGGGGCAAUUGCCCUAAGAAGAGAAGAAGAUUAACGACAAUCUUAUUUGGAGCCAUAUGGUUUUAUGGAAAGCCCGAAAUUAUAGAGUUUUAA